CUCUCACUCAUCGUUGCAGAAAUGGGAGUAGAGUACAUUUGAGACAGUCUAUUCAAUGGAGAAGAGAGCCAGAGGCAUGAUAGGUAGGCUAGAUAUGAAACGUGCCAUUCCGAGUUCGGUUGUAGAGUUGCCAAUAUGCCUGUAAUGUUUUUUUUUAUACAUAGCCUAUAUAUUAUUGGAUGUAAGAGACAUGUUAAUCCAAUUUUCAUAGUGCGCCUAGGAAACGUCUUGUCACGAUAACGCGACAUGAACAAAUAGUCAAUUUGAAAGUGAGACAAACAACAAUAACUGAGUGACGGCGGCGAACUAUGAACCGAGGAUGAUUUCUUCAAAGAAAACUCCGGAAAAGAAUCGUUAUGUUAUCCACUAUUUAGUGUGGCACAACAAGCAUCGGCAGCUUGAGAAAGAGCUCUCAGCAGACGAGCAGGUGGAUCUGGAGGCCCUGGACCCCCGGGGCAGGACCCCCCUGCACCUGGCCGUGACCCUGGGUCACCUGGAGUGCGCCCGUCUGCUUCUCCUGCACGGGGCUGACGUCAGCAAGCAGAACCGCAACGGCUGGACCGUGCUCCAGGAAGCUGUCAGCACACGUGAUCCAGAGCUGGUGCGUCUGGUUCUGCAUUACCGUGACUACCAGCGGACUGGCAAGAGGCUGGCAGGGAUCCCUGUCCUGCUGGAGAGACUGCGGCAGGCCCAGGACUUCUAUGUUGAGAUGAAGUGGGAGUUUACUAGCUGGGUGCCCUUGGUGUCGCGUAUCUGCCCCAGCGAUACCUACCGCGUGUGGAAGAGUGGCCAGUGCUUGCGUAUAGACACCACCUUGAUGGGCUUCGAACAGAUGACCUGGCAGAGAGGAAACCGCAGCUUCAUUUUCCGGGGCCAAGCAGAUUCCAGUGCGGAGGUCAUGGAGGUGGACCAUGACAGACAGCUGGUGUUUUGUGAGACCCUGUGUGUGUCCUCGCUCACAGCGCCCUCACCUGGCGGCGGGGGAGGUGGCGGUGGCAGCGGCGGCUGCAGUACCAGCCUUGGCCUGCUGGGGGCACUGCAGCCCAGCGAGGAGCAGGUAGCAGGGCGGCUGUCUGCUGCCGUGGUCACCACCCAGCUGGACACCAAGAACAUUGCCUUUGAAAGGAAUAAGACAGGCAUCCUGGGCUGGCGGAGCGAGAAGACGGAGAUGGUGAACGGAUAUGAAGCCAAGGUGUACGGAGCGUCUAACGUGGAGCUGGUCACCAGGACCAGGACUGACCACCUCUCGGACCAGAAUAAGGCCAAGCCUAAAGGUGGUAAGACUCCUCUGCAGUCCUUCUUAGGCAUAGCGGAGCAACAUAUGGGCCCUAAUAACGGGGCCCUGGUGACUCAGAUGCCGUGUCCUGCUGUGACCAACCCCACGGCCUUGACGGCCGAGGAGUAUUUCAAUCCCAGUCUGACCCUGGGCACCAGAGAUAUCGGCCACCCCUGCCAACUCACUACCAAGACCCAGAGGUUCAAGGCCAAGCUGUGGCUGUGUGAGUCCCAUCCGCUCUCAUUGGCUGAGCAGGUGGCACCAAUCAUUGACCUCAUGGCCAUAUCCAACGCUCUAUUCGCCAAGCUCCGUGACUUCAUCACCCUGCGUUUGCCCCCAGGCUUCCCUGUCAAGAUAGAGAUCCCCAUCUACCACAUCCUAAACGCCCGGAUCACCUUCGGCAACCUGAACGGCUGUGAGGAGGGGGCGGUGACGGGGCGGGGGGAAGCCGAUUCAGAGGGGGAGGGGCAGAAGGACCCCCCCCGGAUAGACACACCCUCCCCAGGCAGCGACGCCUCCAGUGUCUCCAGCUCCAGUUCCACCACGUCAUGCCGAGGGGGGGAGAUUCCCCCCUGCGUGUUCGAUCCCCCCCAGGGCUACAGUGUUCUUGGGGGCAAACAGAGGGAGGGCAUCCGGGAGGAGGAGGAGGAUCUGCUGCAGUUUGCCAUCCAGCAGAGUCUCCUUGAAGUGGGGACAGAGUAUGACCAGGUGACCAUCUGGGAGGCCCUGGCCAAUAGCAAGCCAGGAGCACAACCCCUUUCCUGUGACCCCAGUCGUCUGGAACGGACCCCCCAGCACAAGCCCCGCCCACACAGCCGCUGCUCCACCCCCACCAAGAAGACUCCCUCCAGCUAUGACGAGCAGCUUCGCAUUGCCAUGGAGAUAUCGGCACGCGAGCAGGAAGAGGCGGAUCGGCGCAGGAGGCAGGAAGAGGAGGAGCUACAGCGUAUCAUCCAGCUGUCACUCAUGGAGAAAUGAGAGGCUAUUGGUCCAUGUGGGGUCGAGGGGAGGGGAAGGCAGGGAGAGGAUGAAUGAGCCAGAGGACCCUAACCCUCCCCAGAUUAUGACAACAUCUCUCCCUUGACUACAAUCAUGUCCAGCUGCCUAAAUUGUCGUUCUGUAUGUCUGUCUGUCCAUCUGUUUGACUGACGAUCAGCCUGUCUGUCUGUGUGUCCAUCUGUCUGUCUGUCCAUCUGUCUGUCUGUCUGUCGACCGUACAUCGCUGGUCUGACAGACCCCUCUGUGGUGCUGGCCUGCUAGGCUCCCCACCACAAGACUAAAGAAAUAUCUCAUCAUAAUGGAAUGAAUGUCUCACCAACUGCCCACUCCAGUUGUGCUAGCUAGGUUCCGUGUGCACAUGUA